AUGAGAGAAGGGUGGAUUCAGUACUUUGGUGAGCCACAAACAUUGCGACUAGAUCCAGCUGGAGCCUUUAGGAGCAAGGCCCUAGAGGAGUUUGCCGAUCGACAUCACAUUUACCUGGACAUCAUUCCAGGAGAGGCGCAUUGGCAGAUGAGUGCUUGUGAAGGCGCCAUAAAGGGCGUCAAAGAAGUCAUGAGCAAAUUAGCCGACGAGGAUGAUCAAAUCACUCCAGAGAACGCCUUGGCAACUGCCAUACUGACAUUCAACCAGAGGGAUGUGAUUCGGGGUUUCUCUCCGAUGCAGUUAGCAUUUGGGUGUGGCCGGGAUGCGACAGGUCGCAUGACACAAGAAGUUCAGCAGCUGCCAGAAGAAUUACACGCCGCGAACGCUUCAGGCGAGUUCCAGAAUCUGUUGCAAAGGCAGGCGAUUGCGGAAAAGGCGAUGGUGGAUUGGCGGACCACGGAGCGACUCGAUCGGGCCCAGCAUUCUCGACCACAGCCGACGCGGCACUACACCCCAGGCGAUCUUGUGUUCUACUGGCGUACACAAGAAUCUGGGCAGAGCAAGAAAAAGCCGGGAUCAAAACAGGGCCGUUUCCUCGGCCCAGCAAGGAUCCUUGCGACAGAGACCAAGAGGGACUCGCAAGGGGACUUGAGGCCUGGCAGUUCAGUCUGGUGCGUCCGCGGACGCACUUUAAUCAAGUGUGCACCGGAGCAGUUACGCCCCGCUUCACAUCGUGAGGAGCUGGUGGAGUCCAUGGUGGAGUCCGAUGGUGUUCCUUGGACUUUCACUCGUGUGUCGCAGGCCAUCGGCGGCAACCAGUUUGAGGAUGUGAGUGCGGAGGUGCCAAGCGUAGAGGAGUGGCAGCGUGCCCAGGAUAUCCAGCGGGAAAUUCCGCCCCGACUGACGAGGCGCAUCUCUAUGAAGAGGCCAGGGCCAAGCAGCAGAACAGGCGACAAUCGAGCCGCCAGUGAAAUGGAUGUUGACGUGGAUCCCGAGGGCAGCGAACCACAGAGACCUAGACUUUCGGCAGCUCCCACGGUGGGAGAAGUGCCCAGCCAACACUGGACGACGCAUGUGGAGGAACAAGCGUUCCUCACGCAGGAGUCUUCCUACUGGAGUGACAAGAAUGCGGCCGUGGCAGUAGAAGUGGAUGUACCCGACAGUCGUCGAGGAAUUCAUGCCAUGACACAGGACUUGAUUCACUUCUUUGUUGGCGCCUUCAAACGACGAGCUGUGGAAGUCUGUGAGCGAAAGUUAAAUGCGCAAGACCUGGAGAAGUUUCGAGAGGCUAAAGCUAUCGAAGUAAAGAAUUUCCUUGCGGCUAAAGCGUUUGAGGCAGUGCCAAUACACAUGAGACCAUCCAAAGAACAGGCAGUUGGCAUGCGUUGGAUCCUGACAUGGAAGUUGCGGGACGACGGGUCCUACAAGGCGAAGGCGAGGGCGGUGCUCUUAGGGUAUCAAGACCCUGGCUACGAACAUCGUGAUACCACAGCUCCUGUCAUGACGAGGCAGACUCGUCAGAUGAUGUUGCAGGUAUCGGCGAUGAAAGGCUGGCGGCUGCGCAAAGGAGAUGUUUCAGGGGCUUUCUUGCAAGGCAGGGAGUACCCCGACAUCUUACAUUGCAUACCCUGCGAUGAGAUUUGCGCUGCCAUGGGCUUGGAAAAGGGAUCAGUCACCAGACUUCGGAAAGCUUGUUACGGCUUGGUGGACGCUCCUUUGGAAUGGUACCGCACGGUGGCUUCUUUCCUAGAACAGCUGGGAUUGCAGAGGCUAUGGUCAGACGCAUGCGCUUGGGUAUGGCGCCCACGAGGACAGCUUCGCGGCAUGAUCUCAGGUCACGUCGACGACUUCCUCUUCGGAGGACGUGAUGACGACAAAGAGUGGCAGGCCAUCUUGGACCAGAUCAAGGUGAAGUUUAAAUGGGGAGACUGGGAAGAGGACUCUUUUGUACAAUGUGGGGUGCUUAUCCGACAGACCGAGGCAGGUUUCGAGCUCUCACAAGAACAAUACAUCGAUUCCAUAUCCGAGAUCCCAGUGGGUGCUGUACGCCGAAAGGAGCGAGAGGCAGAAACCACAGAGCGUGAAAAGGGACAACUUCGCGCGUUAUUGGGUUCCUUGAGUUGGUGUGCCCAACAAACCGCACCUCACCUGUCCGCUGAGGUCAGUCUUCUUCUGUCAGAAGUGGCAACUAGUCGAGUGAGCACCAUACUGAGGACAAACACGCUUCUGAGUUACACCAAGGCCAGACGGAAACACAAGAUGCUGAUUCACAAGUUUCAUCCUCAGGAACAGGUGAUGUUGUUCGCAUGGGUGGACGCAGCGAGUCAGAAUCGCUGCAAUGGAGGCAGCACUCAGGGCAUCUUUGUUGGCCUGGGAACUAAGGCCAUACUGGCAGGCGAGCUGGGGGGUAUCACUCCCAUCAGCUGGCACUCGACUAAGGUGGAUCGCGCAUGCCGUUCACCUGGCGCGGCAGAGACCUUAGCAGCCACCAACGGAGAGGACGCCUUGUACUUUGCAAGGUACCAACUCUCAGAGAUUCUGUUCGGCAACGACAAUGUUCGGCAACCAGAUCACACAGUUCGCCGAGUCGAAGGGUGUGUCAUCACAGAUUCACGCAACGUCUAUGACAAGUUCCAGAACGAGGUCAUAGUGAUCAAAGGGGCGGAGAAAAGAUCAGAUAUAGAGAUGCUGGGACUCAAAGAAUCCCAACAGCAGACAGGUCUUCAGCUACGCUGGGUACACUCCGAAGCUCAAUUGGCAAACUCCUUAACGAAAGCUGGAGGAGGACGGGAAUUGGAGCUUUACUACCGUAUGCAGCACAGCUGGAAGAUAGUGGAAGACCCGCUGAUGCAGUCAGCGAGGAAGCGACGCACACAAGGUCUGGAGCCUUUCGACACUACGUGUAGUGCAAAAGUAGAGAGUUGA